AUGAGCGACACCGAGACCCCAACUCCGUCCUCGGCGGGCGAGAAACCCUUUGUCAACGCUGCCAAAGCCCCCGUGCGACCUCCACUCCGAAACGGACCAAGCAAUCCUAACAUGAACGGCCCGCUAUACAUGCAGUCUGGAAGCAAUGUUGUUCUUGUCAGGAGACUCAAGCAGAAGGAUCUGAGCACCUCCGCUCGUUUGUCGCGGUGGUUUAUCGAGAACCAGAUUGGGCUGUCGUUCAACUUGCUUGCUCUUGCGCUCCUCGCACACAUCUUCAUCCCCAAGGCGAGGACAUACACGUACAAAUUCUUCCACCUUUGCUACCAGAAUCCCGAGACUGGCGACUAUGGCGUUGGCUUCGACGAUGCGUACUUCAUCUCCAUGUGUAUUGUUCUGUUUACUGGGCUGCGGGCGGCUGUCAUGGAAUAUGUGCUGGCACCUCUUGCCAAGGUUCAGGGAAUCUCGAAGCGAAAGCUGUUGACUCGGUUCACUGAGCAGUCAUGGUUGAUUGUUUACUACAGCUUCUUUUGGCCAAUGGGCGUCUACAUCUACUGCAAGUCGCCCUACUACCUGAACAUGAGAGAGCUUUGGACCAACUGGCCCAACCGCGAGGUUGACGGGCUCAUGAAGUUUUACAUUCUUGCUCAAUGGGGCUUCUGGCUGCAACAGAUGCUCGUUAUCCAGAUUGAGGAGCGACGAAAGGACCACUGGCAGAUGCUGAGCCAUCACAUCAUUACCGCGACUCUCAUCUGCUCCUGCUACAGCUAUCACCACACCCGUGUUGGAAACUUCAUCCUGGUUAUCAUGGAUAUUGUCGACAUCUUCUUCCCUCUCGCCAAGUGCUUGAAGUACCUUGGCUACGGCCUUCUAUGCGACAUUGCUUUCGGCUUCUUCCUAGUCUCCUGGAUCUUGUUCCGCCACAUCGCCUAUUUCAUGGUCUGUUGGUCUAUCUGGGCCCACACCCCUGAGGUUAUGACGAGGGGCUGCUGGAAGGGCAACAGCACCAAUCUCGUCGGACCUGUCGACCCCCCGGCCGGCUGGACACAUCUUAUUGAACCGUUCUACGACCCAGCCGGUCAUGUCUGCUACACCGAUGGUGUCAAGAAUGCGUUCCUGAUUCCUUUGAUGCUUCUCCAAUUCAUCACCAUCUUUUGGUUUACUCUUAUCGUCCGUGUUGCGAUCAAAGUCUUCACUGGAAACGGUGCCGAGGAUAGCCGAAGCGACGAUGAGGGUGCGGAAUCUGACGAAGAGGACGAGUUUAUUUACGAAGAGGCUGAGCCUCUCAAGGAAGAGGUGGGCGUUGAAGGCCUGGACCUGAAGGGCUGGGAGCGCAGGCAUGGGCUGAAGAUCCAGGGGAGCAGUUCUGGUGUCAGCCUCCCCGGGCACAGUGAUCGCAAGGAGUUGCUUGGGCGCAUUGGUUGCGAGAAACAAGUCGAUUAA